CGCUUUCCGUAUUUGUACACCACAUGUCUGAUAUGUCAACAAAGUAUUUCAGUUUCACUAUGUUUUAACUGUUUCUGUUUGAUAGGAAGCAUGACGUUGGAGGCCAUUAAGUACGGCGAUGGGAAAUUGGAAAUACUGAACCAGCUUCUCCUUCCAAAGGAAUCAAAAUAUGUGUCCAUUCUGUCUGUGGAGGACGGCUGGAAAGCGAUUAAACUAAUGCAGGUGAGAGGUGCCCCAGCAAUCGCUAUAGUAGGAUGCCUGAGUUUAGCUAUAGAACUAAAGAAAGAAUCCUUCUCGAAUACGGAAGAAAUUUCCAUGUUCAUUGAAGAGAAGCUGAAUUACUUGGUGACUUCCAGACCUACUGCGGUCAACAUGAGCAAAGCAGCAAAAUACUUCAUAGAGAAAGCCAAGAAACUGGCGGGUAAAGAGGACUCUAACGUACAGGAAAUGCUGGACAGCAUAGUGACUGAAAUGGAAGAGCUGCUCCCAAAGGACAUUGCUGUGAAUAAGACUCUGAGUAAAUUUGGGGCUGACCACAUUCUGAAUUUCUAUGAUGGGAAUCCGGUGGACAUCCUGACACACUGUAACACAGGGUCGCUCGCUACAGCUGGGUACGGAACAGCAUUGGGUGUCAUCCGAACUCUACAGGAAAUGGACAAACUUAAACACGUGUACUGCACCGAGACCCGCCCAUACAACCAGGGCGCCCGACUAACAGCGUACGAACACGUGUAUGAAAAAAUGCCAGCCACUUUAAUUUGUGACAGCAUGGCGUCCACCUUGAUGGAUCGCAGAGGAGUGUCGGCAGUGGUGGUGGGCGCGGAUCGAGUGGCGGGGAACGGUGACACCGCCAACAAGAUCGGAACUUACCAGUUGGCGAUUGCUGCAAAACACCAUGACGUUCCGUUUUACGUCGCAUGUCCGGUGUCAUCGUUUGAUCCGCACAUUCAUAGUGGGGACGAUAUUCACAUCGAAGAACGACCACACGAAGAAAUAACGCAUCAUAACGGAGUCUCGGUUGCAGCACCGGGAAUUAAAUGCUGGAAUCCUGCCUUCGACGUCACACCGGCAUCGCUAAUUACUGGGGGAAUCAUUACGGAAUUUGGUGUGUUCACGCCCUCAGAACUGUCGGAGAAACUCGAACCUCUCUUACAUAGUCACCACCUACAUCACGAAAACCCUCCUUCACAAGAAUAAGCCAGAUUAAAACGCAAAACGCGGUCAGCUUCCAAAGACAUUGCACCAGCUCCAAAAUAUGGAUCUGUUUUUCAAGAUCCCGAAAUAGAUAGGUGUAAAUCGGAGAUGGCCCUCCAGAGGAUGUUAGCUGAGAUCUGUUUGAUUCUUGAAAUCUAUUUACUGUGUGUAUACGGACUAACUAUGGAGGGAUGUGAGGAAGGAUGGACGUUUUAUAAACAACUCUGUUACCAAGUAAAAACGGAUCCAUUCAAACUGACACACAAAGAAGCGCAGGGUGUCUGUAGCACCAACAACGCGGAGCUGGCCAGUGUAUGGGACAACAAAGAAAACGAGUUUAUUGUACAGCAACUGUUAAAACCUAGCAGUUCUGACAGUGCAUGGAUUGGUCUAAAACAGGAGAGGCGGGGGAAUAAGUAUGUCUGGAUCUGGGUGGAUGGAUCUAUAGCUGACAUCGCUAGCUGGAAAUAUGGAAACACUCACGAAAACACAGGGCUGUGUGGAAUAAUCCGGCGGGACGGAACUCAGAGUCGACAGAACUGCACGGAACCGCUUCAGUCCUUCGUCUGCAAAAGAAAUUUGAAAAUGUGGUACGUUGUCAGUGACGUAUUUGAAAAUGAGUACCGUAAUGAAGAUUUCAGCGAGGAGCCACAAAAAUUAUUGUUCGAGAGAGUGUGGCCCCCUAAAGUGGAGAAGAUCCACGACUACUUGAAGCACCUGGCCCAAACUGCCGUCUCCAAGGAGACGGAUUGCGCAUACAAAUGUUUCCGUGCCGACGCAUGCAGAGCUUUUUCUGUCCAGUGUAAAGUGGCCUGGAAAUGUGAAAAGUAUGACUGUGAAGUUUACCGUCCAAUCAUUUCCUGAAGAUUUUGCGGAGAGAAUAAAUUAUCAAUUGGUUUUGAGAGAACACUUGAGUGACCAGUGCCGAGUGAUCCAGGGGUGGAUCUAGAACAUUUUCAAAGGAGAUAUUGUACCUUUUCUGCCCCAAAUGGGAGCGGUUAAAAACCUCAAAAUGGCAAAAAAAAUUGAAUUUUUUUUUAACCCCGUAACGCCCCUCUAGACCCACCACUGUAGAUCAUAAUUCGAAUAAGUAACAUAUAUUAUUAUCAUUACUAUCUAUAUACCAUUGAAAUAUAUUAUUGAAUACAUAAUAACUCUAUGUAGUAUUUCAUGUUUGACAUUAUCUGUAUACCCUGAUUUACAAACAGAUCAUACGCAGAACAAGCUCUUGUGUAGCGAAUUAGCUGCAUAUCGCCCAUUUCUAUAGGCUGCGAUCCCUAUCUCCGCCAAGUUUCUACCAGUGGAGUUUCAUAAAUAAAGAAGAAUAUUCUCA